GUCUCGGUCACUCUCCUCCCUUUUCUCCUCUCUUUACUCAGCACUCACUUUUCAAGCUCCCUAAUGGCGGAAUCGAUCGUCGAUCGUCGAUUUUGGUGGGGGCAGUCAUGAAAAGAUUGCUCCUUUCUUGAUUUUGGGCUAAUUUUAGUGUGAGCUGUCGGUUUGGGGAGUGAUCGGUUGUUGAGCUUCAGAAUUAGGGCUUUUUCGGUUAGCUUUUAGGGUGUUGCUUCCAUUUUUCGGAUGGUAACUGAUCGAGGUUCGAUCAAAUUGUUAUCUGAAAUGGGGGUGAGAAGCGAAGGGUUUAGUGGCGAGGACUUGGGGCUUCUUCUCCGAGAGCAGAGGAGGCAGGAAUCGAUCGAUCGAGAUCGAGAGCGAGAGCUUGACAUGUAUAGGAGCGGUUCCUGUCCUCCGACUGUCGAGGGAUCCCUAAACGCAAUCGAGGGGGUCGAUGAUGGACAUGGGUUCUUGAACGAAGAGGAGCUUCGAUCUGAUCCGGCUUAUCUUUCGUAUUAUUACUCGAAUGUGAACUUAAACCCUAGAUUGCCGCCUCCGGUGAUGUCGAAGGAGGAUUGGAGGUUUGCUCAGAGGGUUCAGGCAGUUGGGAGUUCAAAAGUUGGAGGGAUUGGAGAUAGGAGGAAAGCUACUAACAAUAGUGGUAACAAUAGAGCAGAUAAUGGAGAGGGGAGUAGAUCGCUGUUUUCGAUGCAGCCGGGGUUUAAUCCGAAGAAAGAGGAGAAUGAUACACGAUGGUUGGAUAAGGACGGCGAUGGGUUGAUUGGGUUGUCGCUUUGCAAAGAUUUGAUCUUUUGA